AAAAAAAUAAAUAACCCGAGUGAAAAAAGAUUCAGUGUUUUUGUUUGUUUUGAUUAUUCUCUUGAAAAACCAAGAAGCCAAGAAGGAAAAGAACAAAAAUUCUUUGGACUUAAAUAGGAGGGUUUCCAAGUUUGGAUAGGAGUCUUCUUUUUUUUGUUUUUUUUGGGUCCGUUCACCAUUUGUUUCGGUUCUCUAUCUCUGUUUCCAAGAAAAAACCUUUCUAUACUUAGCAUAAACCACAGGGAAAAGAGCAGAAAAGAAAAGCUUUCAGCACCAUCAAUUAUUUGGUUUCCAUGCUUUGAUCAGAAGGUUUUGGUUUCUGCAGUUCAACCCAGUUUUCUCAUCUCUGAAUACAAAGACUUUACUCUCCGAAUGAAGCAAUCUUGAAGCUCUCUUCCGAUAAACAAGAUGGAGAUUGUUUACCAGCCUUACAUUGAUCCUGAGUUUGAGUCACUCAUUGAAAGGAUUCAUCCUCCCAGAGUUUGUAUUGACAACGACGCAUACCAAGACUGCACGCUUGUAAAGGUGGAUAGUGCAAACAGGCACGGGAUUUUGCUGGAUAUGGUCCAAGUUUUGACAGAUCUUGACCUUGUUAUAUCCAAGUCGUACAUUUCCUCUGACGGUGGAUGGUUCAUGGACGUGUUCCACGUGACAGACCAGCUUGGGAACAAACUUACUGACGAGAGCCUUAUUCUUUAUAUCCAACAGGCAAUUUGUUCUACUAGGAGAGGAGGGAUUCCAAAGGAAUUACAAGCAUUCCUCAAAAGGGCAGUGAGGCCGUGUCACGUCUCAACAGAGCAUACAGCCUUGGAGAUGACUGGGAGGGACAGGCCUGGCCUCAUGUCGGAGAUAUCAGCAGCUCUAUACGGAUUGGGAUGCCAUGUCACUGCAACUGUGGUCUGGACCCAUAACGCCCGCAUGGCCUGCAUAUUCCAUGUAGAAGAUGGGUUCAAGGGAGGGCCCAUCAUGGAGCCGAAUCGGCUGGCAGAAGUACAGGAAAAGCUAGAGAAUGUGGUUGAGGCCCAUCAUGAUAGUGGUGAGCAGCGGAGCGUCAGGUUAACUGCUCCGGCAGCUGGUCGGACACACACGGAGCGGCGGCUCCACCAGUUGAUGUAUGCCGAUAGAGAUUACGAGCAAUGUCGGGGCUGCGAUGGCAGCUGCAGGCACUGGAAGGGGUGUACCAAGACUCACGUGACGAUAGAGACUUGUAGGGAAAAGGGGUACUCAGUGGUGCAUGUAAGGAGUAGGGACAGAAUCAAGCUAUUGUUCGAUACAGUUUGUGCCUUAACCGAUAUGCAAUAUGUGGUGUUCCAUGCAGCGGUUAGCUCAAAUGGCUCCAUGGCUAAUCAGGAAUAUUUUGUAAGGAGGCAGGACGGCUGCAGUUUGGUUACAGAGGAUGAAAGACACAGACUUACACAAUGUUUGAUUGCAGCAAUAGAACGAAGAGUCUCACGUCAGGGAUUGAGACUGGAUGUAUGUACUCAAAACAAGAUGGGAUUGCUCUCCGACCUGACCAGGGUGUUUCGAGAGAAUGGGCUAUCAAUAACCAGGGCGGAAAUAGGGACGCAUGGGGAGAGAGCAAUCGGAUCUUUCUAUGUUACAGAUGCUUCAGGGCAUGACGUGAAUCCGAGGACGGUGGAAUUGGUGAGACAAGAGAUUGGGGGAUCUGCUUUGGUGGUAAACAAGUCUCCCGAUAUGACUUCUCGAGCUUCUUCAUCAAGUAUUAGCAGAAGCAGCAGUGGUGAAGUGGAAGAACGGCCGAGAUUUUCAUUAGGAAAUUUGUUAUGGUCUCAGCUUGAGAGAAUUUCAGGGAAUUUCGGGCUCAUUAAAUCGUGAGGAGUUCCUAACACACGAACUUCUUUCAGGCUGUACCUGUACCCUUGUCUGUACAUAAGUUUGUGUAAACAAAGUAGUUUUCUUUGUUUUUUAAUGAUUAUAUUAUAGUAGUCUCUUGAUCUCUUUCUAGUCA